UGGCAUUCACAAACUUUAAGGUUGCUCAUUAUAUACCCCAUUGCUGGAAAAUGUGAGUGAUAUUUAAGCUAACAUUGGCUAAACGAUAAUGAAAAGAAAUAUCGAUAAACUAAGGAAAUGCGUUGUGAUUAGCAACUGUCUUAUAGCACAAAUUUUAGCUAAAACGAGGAACGGAUUAAGAAAAAAAAAAUAUCCAAGACAAUGUUUCCAGAUUCUCAAUGUAAAUGGUAGCAGUAACACACAGCAGGGCUAUACACAUAGAAGAAUAUUUAAGGCAACAUUGCAAAACUUUAAACAUAUUACAAUGAUAUAUUUUAUAGUCAAAGGGACUAUGGUCAACGCUGGAUGACACUACAAAACUCCCCUUUGGUGAUGAUAGAGAAUUUGUGGAAAAAUUGCAAUCCAAUGCCAAAGACUUUGACAAACAUCAUAUACUAAAGUUUACGAGAGGCAGAGAAACUAAAUUUAGUAUUCAACACUUUGCAGGCGAGAUUUGGUAUAACUGUGAAAACAUUCUUGAAAAAAAUCGAGAUAAGCUGACCGAAGGACUAGAAGAAAAAAUGAAGAAAAGCCGUGAAAAAGUGAUAAGAUCCUUGUUUUCCGCCGACAAAUCAAUCACUGGCACAUUCUCUGUCACACUAGCAAUGGAACAAUUCUCUAGCAAAGAAAUGGUGUUUGAAAAGCAGAAUCAUAUCGGGAAAAAGGGAAUCCAUGGACCUAAAUCUCACAAAACAGUCGUUAAUUACUACAGGGAAUCGGUGAAGGAAUUGAAUAGAAAACUGAAAGAGGCGACACCACAUUUUGUAAGAUGUAUAAAACCAAACGAAGAACUUCGGCAGGACCAUUUUGAUGCCCCAUUUGUCGGAAAGCAGUUGAAAUACAAUGGCAUUUAUGAGCUUUCGAAAUAUAGAAAAAAUGGAUUUCCUGUCCGGAUGAAAUUCAAAGACUUCUUUGACAGGUACAAGAUAAUCUUGCCUUCAAACCAUACAAAUGAAGCUGGGGAUGACAUUGCAGCUAUGAUAGAUGGCUUACUUAAUUCUCAGCCUGAGUUGAAAUUGAAUGGUUGCUUCAAAGUCGGAAAAUACAUGGUGUUCAUGAAAGAGGAACUGAGCAACUUCAUCGAGAAGCUUUUGAAAGAGGAAGAAGAUCGAAGAAAACGGGAAAGGGAAAAGAAAUUGAUGGAGGAGAGAAGAAAACGGGAAAGGGAAAAGAAAUUGAUGGAGGAGAGAAAACAGAGGGCGAAAAUCGAAGAAGAAGAGAAGUUAAGGAGAGAGAGGGAGGAAAUGAAGACAGAGCAAAAUUCAGACACAAACAGAGAAACGAGAGAAACUGGGGAGUCGGAAGACGAAGAAGUAAAACCAAAAGAGAAGCUCGGACUCUCCACUCCCAUUCAUAUAGAAGCUGAAUGCAUUCGGCUGUCUUCAUCCAAUUCUGAACGUGUACGUAGUAAAGACAGACAAAAGUCUCAGGGCAAUGAGGAAAUACAACUGGAAGCGAUAGAAGAAGAUACAGAACCAACAGCUGAUAAUAAUCAAAACAGCGAAGAGGUAUUGCUUCCUGGCUACAGCACAACAGGGAUAUUGUCAUCAGUUAUUACCACAUGGGAGGCGGGAGGUAUCAUUUAG